ACAACGGGCUCUUAUUAUAUGAGCAUUAGUUACUAUGGGCGUUAAGUGAGUUGGCAAGGCUCAUGCGCUAGCAGCCGGCGGCGUACGUUUCUUAUUAUCCUUUUGCUCUAACGUGAUCUUCUGAUAUUGACCCAGCCCAAGAUGGGACCUCGAGAUUCGCAGCAUCCAACAUGAACAUAUAAGUCAACAUGAACAUUGUUUGGAUUGGGCCUUGCUGAGCAAUGCCAGUGGAUGGAUCGAAUAAUCUGUGGAGAACGUGCAUGCUGGUUGAGGUUGACCAUCACCGUCGGAUGCAGCCACAGCCCGCAGAGCACGCGGAGCAGCCUGCGCCUUCGCGCGCACUCCUCUCCUCACAUGUACUGUGGCGGUUCCCUUAGCUUGGCGACGCGACGUAUAGUAUAAAACUGGAUGAUGAUCACGGCGCAGCGAGCAGAAGCCGCAGAUCAGCAUCACCAUCUCCUCCAGCCACCAGUCAACCCUUCAUGGCUAGUGCCUGUGCCUCCAGUCCUCCAACACUCCCACCUCCGCCCGCAGCCAUGCCGCCGGCCGGUAGCCUCACCGCCGAGCAGCUCAGCUUCUUCGACGCCAACGGUUACCUCGUGCUGGAGCCGUUCUCGGGCGAGGAGGAUGUGCGGGCGCUGCGGGACCGCAUGGCCGAGCUCAUCGCGGGGUUAGACGACGCCGCGCAACAUCACCGGAUGGUAUUGGUGGAUGACUACUUCUCUAACAGCGCCGAGAACAUCUCGUUCUUCUAUGAGGAUAAAGCAUUUGGAGAUGAUGGAUGCUUGAAGCUGCCAAAGGAACUUUCAAUUAAAUUCGUUGGGCAUGCUUUACAUGAACAUGAUCCCGUGUUCAAAAAGUUUUCUUUCUCAGAGAAUAUUUCGAGUAUACUCCCUUCUUUGGGAUAUAAGAGACCUGCAAUUGUUCAAUCUAGAUACAUCUUUAAGCCACCAGGUGUUGGUGGUGAGGCAUUUCCGCAUCAGGAUAAUACAUACCUACACACAGAACCUCCAUCAUGUACGGGGUUGUGGCUUGCACUUCAAGAUGCAACUAUCAGCAAUGGUUGCCUAUGGGCAAUUCCAGGAUCACAUAAAAAUGGUCUGAAAACCCGAAUGAUCAAAGAUGAAAAGGGUACUUAUUUUGACCGCCCUAUCCCAUCCUAUGAUCACAAAGAGUUUGUAUCAUUGGAAGUAAAAUCAGGGGGUUUGGUGGUAAUACAUGGAAAUCUUGUACAUAAAAGCGCUGAGAAUCUUUCUCCAACGUCAAGGCACGCAUUCGUCUUCCAUGUAGUCGAUACCGAAGGGUGUGAAUGGUCCAAGGGAAACUGGGUACAAAGGAAAACUGCUCCUGAAGCAUUUUACGUUUCUAGUUGAAUGAGCAGUGUGCCAGUAGAAGCGACUUUCAGGCUGCCUGCAAGCAAGUCAUUCUGAUUAGAUGAUGGUUUUAGUCACUUAUCUUUCUUGCAAUAAAUGGAGAAUGUUGCCGACCUAUUCAAUUCUCCGUUCACAUUAAACUUGGCAAGUACUCCCCUUAUUUGGACAUUGUGACGAAGUUGUUGCUUAUUUCUUCGUGAAUCAGUGUAUGUGUGGAUCCGUAUAAGAAUAAAAUAUUUAUUAGUUGGACGAUGAUCCACAUGAUGCACCGACUACCAGAAGUUUACUCUUUUUUUUUGAAAUGGAACUCUUCUUGUAAUUGAAAACACCUUUUGUCCACGGUCACGGAUCCAAAGGGGAGC